ACUUGUGAGUGGACCCAUAACUACACCAGGCUUAAAACCAAGUUAAUCUACUAUCCAAAAAUCGAAUACAAUUAAAUAAGUCCAUAAUGGGUGAGAAAACAUUGACAUUUUUCCAUGGUGGAUUUUUCCUCCAUAGCCCUGAUUUACGGUAUAUUGGAGGGGAUAGGUAUGUUCAAAAUGCUGAUGAAGACAAGAUUAGUUAUUUUGAAGUUCGAGGUAUUGUAAUUGAUGAUUUGAAAUUAAACUUUUCAAGAUUAUAUUAUAGUAUACCGGGACUUGGUUUGGAGCAAGGAUUAUUUGAAAUUCGUAAUGAUAUUGAUGCAUUGGAGAUGGCAAAACAUUUAAUUGAACACGAUAAUGUGAAUGUUUAUAUUCACAAUGGGCUUGGGCAUAUGCUACUUGAUGCAGCUCAUAGAAUUCAUGAUGUUAUUAAAAUUGAUGAUGAUGAGAAUGAGAAUCAAGAUAAUGAAGCAAUUGGAAAUGCAAUUGAGGGUGAUCAUGGUGAUGACGAAAUUGAUGGAGAGAGAGACUCGAACUACAUUGACAGUGAUGAUCCAGGGGAGUAUGUAUCAGAUUCUGAUAAUAAAUUCUUUGCUAUUGAUGAUGCUCUUAGGCAAAAAACUUCAUGUCCUAUUUAUGACCCCACUUGUGCUAUUCCACAUUUUGAGCUUGGUAUGAAAUUUCAAAAUCAUAUCCAAUUCAAAAAAGUUGUUGCCAAGUACUCUUCAUACAAGGGGUUUGCUCCUAAAUGGUUAAUAAGUGCUCCUGAUAAGCAAAGAUUAGAUGCAUGGCUGAAAGUUGUCCAUGGUAUAUUUUUGCAACUUAUCAGAAAAGGGAUGAUAGCUUUAAAGUGGACAAAAUGGCAAGGGCAAGAAAGGUUUAAUGACAACAUGGUACAUAUGCAAGGGCUAACACAAGCUGGGCAUGAUGCAUUAGCAAUGCUAGACCCCAAGAGAUGGUGCAAGCCUUUCUUUCAAACAUAUUCAAGGUGUGACAUCAUUGACAACAACCUAACGGAGACAUUCAAUUCUUGGAUACUUGAUGCAAGAUGCAAGGCUAUAUGUAGUAUGACAGAUGAGCUGGUAGAUAAGUUGAUGGUUAGGCAUGGUGAAAAGAAGGCAUUUUGUAGGAAAUGGCCUACUGACAUUGCUCCAAGAGCAUGCAAGAAAUUGCAAAAACAAUGUUCGCAUUGCAGCUUAUUGCCAUCCACAAUGGAAUGGGAAACAUCAUUCAAGGUUAAAAUGGACAAUGAAGCAUUCGUAGUUGAAUUCACGAACUCCACAUGCACAUGCCAAGCAUGUCAGUUGACAGGGAUUCCUUGCCCACAUGCUUGUGCUUGUCUAAUUGAUCAAAAUCAAAAUGUGGAGGAAUAUGUUUCCCAUUACUACAAGAAAGACACUUAUUUGGAAGUGUACAAAGAACCAAUCUACCAUUCUAGAGGAGGUCACAACAAAACUGGCUGCCCUAAAGAAAAUUCACCAGAUGUGGUUCUUGGUAAGCCUGGACAUGCUUCUGAGUUGUUUGUUUCAAGUGGAAGUCAAAAGGAAAGAAGAGGAAUGCAACAAGAGUUUAGGGAGAUUGGGCCAAGGAUUGAAGUUAGAGAAAGCUAAAAACAAGGGAGCAAGAGAAAUGGAAGACAUGAAAAUGGGAUCCAGAUUUCUAGGAAGAAGAGAACCUCAAAAGAACAAAAAAAUUAAGUCUAUUGUGUUAUUUUGCUUAAGUCUACUGGUAUUGUUGUUAGAAUGUACUCUGGUCUUUUGUGUUAAGUCUACUGUGCUAUUCAGGUCUUUUAUUUAUGUAUAAUGUUACCGUGGUAUUGCUUAUGAGUUGUUAGAAUGUAUUCUGUUGCAGUAACAAUGUAUUCUGGUCUGUUGCUUAAGUUAAAAUUGGUAUUUUUAUUAGAAUGGAUUCUGGUAUUUUGUUUAAGUCUACUGUGUUAUUUUGCUUAAGUCUACUGGUAUUUUUGUUUAAGUCUACUGGUCUUUUAUUUAUGUAUAAUGUUACUAUGGUAUUGCUUCUAAGUUGUUAGAAUAUAUUCUGUUGUAGUACCAAUGUAUUAUGGUCUGUUGCUUAAGUUAAAACUGGUAUUUUUAUUAGAAUGGAUUCUAGUUUUUUGUUUAAGUCUACUGUGUUCUUUUACAAUGUAUUUUGAUCUUUUGUUAGUUUGAUAUACUGUAGACUUGCAAAGAAUGAGAAUAUACAAAAUAAACACUUUUCAUUUCC